AACCAGUCACUCGCCACCCAUCCUGUAACACGUGGCGCGAGGUGCGCGCCGUUCACCGUUUAUGAUGGCGAAGGUGCUGCUCUGCUGGCUGGUAGUGCUUCUAGCGGCGACCGCUACCGGCCUGCCGUCAGCCUACCGAUCCGCCCGUGCCCUCAAUGGCCUCACAACAGUGACUCGACCCCGCGGAUGGGAUGAUAAAACUGGGACGAAUCCAAUGGCGGGUGGCCGCCCGGCUGCGACUUCUCUGAAAGACUACAUCAAUGACUGGAACCAGAACCAGGCGGUCUCAAAGUGGCCGUGGAUGGCCAUGCUCCUCGCCAAGCAGAAGCUGGUCUUCAGGCAGCCCGUGUGUGGCGGUGCUGUGAUCAACUCUCGGCACGUGCUGACGGCGGCCCACUGUCUGGAAAAACACGCUACGAAACGGAACACGAUGGUGGUGCGGCUGGGGGACUACGAUCGAAGUACUUUUAUGGAUGGCGUCCACACUGAUUAUGAAAUCGAACGGUUCGUCAUGCCACCCAACUAUAAAGUGAACGCAUCCAACCACGACAUCGGGCUGAUUCGGCUCAAAAAGGAGGUGCAGUUUUCUCCAUUCGUAUGCACGAUACCGCUACCGGACGGCCCUACCGGAGAUCUGGGUGGAGAGCCGGUCAGCGUGGCCGGCUGGGGUCGCACCAGAGUGAGCUCACUCAGCAAUAAGCUACAGGAGAUUCAUAUUUCCGGAGUCAGCGCAAAAACCUGCUACAAGAAGUAUUUGAAGCGAUACCCUGGGCUUGACAAGCUGCUUAAUUUCCCCGGCGGCUUUAUGAUCGACACAAAAUUAUGCACAAAACCAGGAGAUGGACAGGGCAUAUGUGAGGGUGACUCGGGCGCGCCGCUGGUGGAUAGGAAGCGCUUCAAGCUGGUCGGUAUAGCGUCAGCUACCGUCGGCAUCUGCGGCUACUCCGAGCUGCCGGAACUGUUCACCAGGGUCAGCGCCUACCUCGGCUGGAUACGGAAACAUGCCAGCAUACCCGGGGUCAAGACCAAAACGCAGCACUGUAAAAACACUCUGGCCGUCACUAAGAAAACUGCGAUUUCGUUUGGUGGAUCGACUGGGACAAUCGCGAAAGGCUCAAAAGGUCUUCAGAUUAUUGGCAUCGCAUCCGCAAAACCCUCAAAAACUGGCUGAACUUAGCCGUAAAAAUAUUACGUAUGAAACUUUUAUGUGUUUUGUUAUUGUAACAAUUGAAUCGACGCUAAAAUAAGUACGCUAAUAUCACCGCGUAAAAGCUCAGCCCAACGCUAAUGGGGAGAGUAUUUUUCAUUUGUUAUAAUGUCCUUAAAAGUCACCGGAAAAUGCAGUUAUAUCGACAUAAUAAUUCAUAUGAUCAUCCGAUAUCUGGUCCCUAACAGAGCAAAAGAUUCCAGUGAAAUGCAAAUUCAUCCAACCAUCGGUAUUCUACUUACGUCUUACAUCACAUAUGUGGCAGGAUGUGCUCCAGUUACCUAUAUACCAACUUAUCCUAGUCUGUGUUACCAGGGGUCAGGCGAAGGAUGCUACUACAAGUUGUAACAGAAAAUACCAAUUGCUCUAAUUUAUUUCAAUAAACAACUCGAGCUUGAA